AGAACAGCCCUCACUUUUAGAACUAUGCGGAAUUUCGUUCAAUCGCGAGGCGAUCUAUGCACUCAGUUUGUGUAUGGCGUUCAUCCAGUUUUCUCAUCGAUCUGCUUUAAUCAACGCAUCAUCCAAAAGCUCUUUAUUCGAAACGAUCUGGAUGCUACCGGCAGAUCCCAUGAACUACUUUCUUCUCAGAUACCAAUAAAGCCAAUCAACCGGCUAACUGUAACCGAAUUAUUGAAUAUCCAAAAAACUCAACAGGAACAUAUAAAAUUAGACUUUGUACACAAGCGUGUUAGACCUCUUGUUCUAUUCAUUGACCAUUUGACGGAUGUCAUGAAUUUUGGAAGCAUUGUUCGUUCGGCAGUGUUUUUCGGUGCAUCUGCACUUCUGUUUUCCCCGAGUCCAUGUGUGGCUCCGUCUCCCUUAAUAAGCAAAUUGAGCGUCGGCGCGUUGGAGAGCUUACCAUUGUAUCGCCUCACUGAUGUUAUCAGUGAUCUUCACUCGUUGAAAAAUGCCGGAUUUUUGAUAGUGGGAACUGCUGGCAAUAUGGAAUGUGGAAAACCGAAACGACUUCCCUCUUCCUGUUGGUCUCUUACCGGUGAUGAGGUAAAACAAAUCAAAACAACAUUUUUCUUAUUCCGGCUGGGAUUCUUCCACUGA